CAACUAAACAAUAAACAUAAAAUGCUAAAAGAAUUUGCGUUUUUAUUCUUGGUUGGUUUUCUUUGGGGAGCAACAAAUCCUUUUAUUAAAAAGAGCUCUGCUGUAAUGAACAAUAUUAGUUUUGAUUCUGUUUUCAAACAAAUUUUUGUAAUACUCAAAUUCUAUGUUACAAAUUGGAAGUGCACUCUUCCAUUUUUCUUAAAUCAAUUUGGUGCAUUAAUCUAUUUUGUUACACUUCAAGAUUCUGAUAUGUCACUGGCCGUUCCUGUUACAAAUGCUUUAGCUUUUAUGUUCACAACCUUAGUAGGAAAUCUUCUUGGCGAACAGGGGCCCAAUAAAGGCAUUAAAUAAUUUCACAUACAUUUCUAAGUAUAUCAUUCAUUAUACACAACUCAACGAAAUAAUGGAAUAUUUUAAAUAAUAAG